AGAAAAACAAAAUAUAACAAUUAGAUACCCCGUCAUAUUUGCCGGCUUAAAAUCAUAGUCACACAAAACGUUGCUAUGUAAAAUAACGUAUGCUUUACAAGCUUGUUUAUGUCUUUAGUCACUAAAUAAGGCUCCCGUUUCUAUAUCUUCUGUACCAUUCACAAUCUUUGAGUGAUAUCAAGACACCAAAAAAAGAAAAAGAAAAAAAAAAAAACAGAUGGCAGAUUGGGCACCGGUUAUAAUAGGCGUGUUGCUGUUUGUGCUGCUAAGUCCUGGUUUGUUGUUUCAGCUUCCGAGUAAGGGACGUGCGGUUGAGUUCAACAAUAUGCAGACUAGCGGCGUUUCCAUCUGCGUCCACACAAUAAUCUUUUUCGGACUCAUCACCAUCUUGCUCAUUGCAGUUGGUAUUAGCAUCACCAUAGGGUAGCCCUUCAUAUCAGAUCAACUUCUAUAUUGUGUUCAAUGUCUUGUUAAGUAAAAGUUCUAUUUUUCUCCCUUAAUUAUUUGUUUUUGUGUUUCUUAUGAUUUCUCAGAAUAUCUAUGUAUUAUAGAUUUGUGAUA